GCCAAUCAGAACCGCUUUUGUCAGCAGACGUCAACGUGAGGUUAGUUUAGCCCUUCGUGUAAUAAAUAUUUAGCCAGUCUUAUUAGAUAACGUAUCACUCGCAAUAUCAACAGAAUGAUUUGGUCAUGAACACAUGGAACUCACCUAGCACGUCCCAGCACUGACCUCAGACCUCACUGUGAUUGAAAACUCCUGCCUUUAGUGACCUCCUCAUGUGCAUCAUCUUCCUGAAGUUUGACCCUCGGCCUGCAACUAAAAAUGCCUACAGGCUUAUUCUGGCUGCUAACAGAGAUGAGGUUUACAACAGGCCAUCCAAGUGUGCAGACUUUUGGGGCAGCAACAGUGAGAUUCUCAGCGGACUGGACAUGGAAGAAGGAAAGGAAGGCGGUUCAUGGCUGGGAAUCAGCAAGCGAGGAAAACUGGCGGCAUUGACCAAUUACAUGGAGUGGCAACAAAAUCCAGUCGCUCAGGGGAGAGGUUACUUGGUGUCCAACUAUUUGACCGAUAACUUGGACAGUUUUGCUUACCUCCGGAAAGUUUCCUCAGAGGGUCAUUUAUAUAACGGCUUCAAUCUCUUGACUGCUGACUUCAGGGCCAAUGAAGACACAUUGUGUUACUAUGGAAACAAGGGCAGUUCGGAGCCCAUUCAUCUCAAAGCAGGAAUCUAUGGGUUGAGUAAUUCACUUCUAGAAACUCCAUGGAGAAAACUGCAGGAUGGCAAAAGACUGUUCACCAAUGUACUGAGUAAGACACUGCCCCCUAAUGGCUUAGUGCAAGAACUGCUGCAGAUUCUCAAUAAUGAAGAGAUAAACACCACAGACCCAGCACAGGAGAAUCAAGGCGUGGGCUACAGUAAGGCCAUGCUUCAGGCCCUGUCUGCAGUGUGUGUGCGCUCACCCGGAUACGGCACAAGGACCAAUACUGUAAUCCUCAUCGACAGAGAGGGAAACGUGAGCUUCACAGAACGCACCAUGCUAAAUUGUGACAUCACUCAGUGGAGAACCAAUAGCUUCAACUUCAAACUGCAGGAAUGAGGGCCAGACGUCAGGCCAAGGGAGGAAAAUACCUCACGCUGUGCCUUUCUCAAUAGCCCUCUGCUCAAGCCAUGUAGCAGUAUUAUAUCUGUCAAUGUGACUUUACUUUGACUUUCCUGUUGAAAAAGGAACGAGAAUAAUUGCUAUUGGGAAUGAUUUGAUAUUAUUGCUACUGCUCCUUUGGGAGAAGGCUUGAUUGCACUUUGUUUUUUAUUGUAAUUUCUUUUUCAAGGUUUCUUCAAAAAUGGGAUGUGAUUUGAGUGCAUUUGAUCCUCUCUGCAAUUCUAAAUUGUUAUGCAAGAAAGUAUGAAGAAUAUGAAACUAAUGUAAUUCCUCAUACACAGAAUCCACUGAACCACAUUAAUCAAGUGUAAGUCUCAUUUCAUGUUGUUGGGGGAACAAAGUGUUUACUGCCAAAGAAUCAUUGUCAGUCACGGCUGUUUAUAAACAGAAGAAAAUAAAUCUUCAGUCUUGCACAA